AUGACAAAUUCAAUACCUCAUGAUCAUCAUGUUGAUGCUAUUGAAAGUAAAAGUGAUGAACCUGAAUAUGAUUUCAAAGAAUAUUAUUCCAGAGAACAUACAUUAGCAUUACGUGAUAUUUAUAUUCCAUAUUGUACGGAACUUUUUUAUCGUGAAAAUCCACUUAAAAUUGUUCGUUGUCAGGGUACAUAUAUGUAUGAUCAAUUAGGAAAUAAAUAUUUAGAUUGUAUUAAUAAUGUUGCUCAUGUUGGCCAUUGCCAUCCAUAUAUUGUUACACAAAUUUCUAAACAAAUGGCUGCAUGUGCAACAAAUAAUCGUUAUUUACAUGAUAAUACAGUUGUUCUAGCUGAAAAACUUGCUAAAACAUUACCAAAAGGUCUUGAUCAAAUGUUUUAUACCAAUUCAGGAUCAGAAUCAAAUGAUUUAGCACUUCGUUUAGCAAGGCAAUAUACAGGAAAUUAUGAUAUUCUUGUACUUGAUAAUGCUUAUCAUGGUCAUUUGACAUCACUUUUUGACUUAUCAACGUAUAAGUUUAAAAAAGGACAUACUGGAAUGAAACCACCGGAACACGUUCAUGUUGUACGUAUUGAUUAA